AUUAAGCAUCGGGCUUGACCUCAAAGCCGAGCGGGUGGCGCUUUAGUCAUCUCGGGGCUGGGAGCCACUCCGAUCAACCCUCUCUCUCUUGACCACCAAUCGAUUACGGAUCUAAUCUGUCAGUUUAGGGAUGAUGAUAAGACCGAAGCCCGAGAAGCUGAUUUAAUCAUCGUAGAUGAUGCUCAUGAUUAUGCGAAGAUGGUUGUAGAAGGCGCAUUAGUUUACAUCAUGCCGUACAUCAGUUCAGAAACAGUUAUUUACUACUUACUAGAUCACCCAGUGAUAGUACCACCAAGGACACACGCAUCCAUUACUCAACAUAUUCACCACCAUGAACGCGGUUCUAAUAACAGGCGCGACCGGCAAACAGGGAGGUUCUCUCAUUCGAAACCUCGUCUCCCGAAACUCUCCCUUGGAGAUCUUAGCCGUUACGCGAGACUCCUCUUCCGCUUCGGCUCAACGGCUGAAACAGCUGUCUUCCAACAUCAAACUGGUAGAAGGAAACUUGGACAACCCGGCAGAGAUCUUUCGCAAUGCGCGCGCCCAGACACAGUCUCCGAUUUGGGGUGUCUUUAGUGUUCAGGUGGCCAUCGGCAGCAAUGUCGACGAGGAAGCACAGGGAAAGAAAUUGGUCGAUGAAGCCCUUAAGCAAAAAGUCAAGUACUUCGUUUACAGCUCUGUGGACCGUGGCGGGGAACGUUCCUGGGACAACCCGACCGAUGUCCCUCACUUUCUGAGGAAGCAUCACAUUGAGCAUCACCUUGUGGAUAAGGCUAAAGGAACUGAAAUGGACUGGGUGAUUCUGCGCCCCGUGGCAUUCAUGGACAACAUGGUCCCCGGCUUCCUGGGAAAGGUCUUUGCGACGGCCUGGAAAAUGGCACUCAAGGGGAAGUCCCUUCAGGUGGUCGCUGUCAGUGAUAUCGGUCAUUUUGGCGCAGAAGCUUUCCUUAACCCUGAUGAGUACAAGGGCCGGGCGAUCUCGUUGGCGGGAGAUGAUUUGACAUUCGAUCAGUUGGCACAGGUGUUCCAGCAGAAGACCGGUCAGCGGAUACCCAUGACCUUCCAGUUCGUGUGUUCCUUGCUGUUAACCGCUGUCAAGGAUAUGGGGUAUAUGUACAGGUGGUUCCAUGAUGAAGGAUAUCAGGCUGAUAUUGGCGCGCUAAAGAAGAAGCAUCCGGGAUUGAAAGACUUUGGGGAUUGGCUUGAGCAGGAGAGUGACUUUGUCAAGCGAUAGAUGAUAUUGAUGCCUGUUUUGUUAUGCAG